AUUAAUGCUCGUUAAUUAUUUAUAGGAUGUAAAAUCAGGACUACAAGAGAAACCAAGAUCUCUUAUCAAUAUGAAUAUUCCACAUUAUGGUCACAGACCUCAUUAUCAUCCAACCGUAAGAGGAAUGCACUAUUUACAUCCAGAAACUUCUCUGAAGAACAAAUACAAUCUUUUUAGCAGUCCGCUUAUUCCUGAAGCGCAUGAUUUGACACAAACUAAUAAGUCACCUCGUGAAACCGAUUCCAGUCAAUUGUCACUAGAGAAAGAAGCAGAGACCAAGCAGGUAGAAGGUAAGGCAACGUUGAUCGAUGGUCGACGCAAUGCGAGAAGCAAUAAAGAAAAAAUAAAGGAAGAGGAGAAGCAAAUAAUUAAAGCCUAAAACAUUCAAACAAGAUAUAAU